AUGCUACAUGGUGUCUUGGUCAACGCGCAAGGCAGUCGUGGAGCGAACAUGUCUCCCGCCGCUAACUCGACUACCGACGACUACCAAUACCAGCCACUAGACCAUGCGACACAGCAAAUACGACUUGUUACGCUUCUUGAUCCGCUGGAGAGCAACGACGCUAUACGUCUCGACAUCGAAGUCUUCGAAAUCUCGGAAGCCCCGCCAUACACAGCCUUGUCCUACGUUUGGGGUCCACCGCCGUCGUCUCACGACAUCUUCAUCGCCGACGGACGGCUUCAAAUCCGCGAAAACCUAUUUAAAUUUCUCACUGAGUUCCGAAAACGCCGCGACAAGACGCCUUCGGAUCGCUACAUGUGGAUUGACCAGCUGUGCAUUCAUCAGUCGAGUACUGUUGAGCGCAACCACCAAGUGCAGAUGAUGAGCGAUAUAUACAGCAAAGCUACGUCAGUCGUUGCUUGGUUGGGCGACGGCUAUGAGAAACCCAGUUCACAUACUACAUGGUCCGAUCAGGACGGAUGCGAUAAGUUCGAAAACACGUACGAUGCUGCGUGUCAAGUACUUUAG